CGUCCCAUCGCUAACGCAAGGCCCUUGCCGUAACAGUAAACUGAGCUCACGAACAAGGGGCACCCAAGGGAACGCAUCUUCCGACAUGUCACCCGACGAACAUGCACACAGACCGGCUUUUCAAAUCACAGCCUAUCAGCUAUCGCACAGAGCCUCCGCAGGGUCCUUGGCUAGAACCCAGGGGUCUGGCGCCAUCGUCCGUUUUUCCCCGCGCCCCUGAUGACGCAUCGUGGUUUGCUGUCCGAACUGUGGAUGUGGUGCUUGCCGGUAACCGGGCCCUCUAAGAGUCAUGGAAACGAAUGCGGCUGCUGGUCUGGCAUACGAGUCAAGCUCGAGCGCUCGGAUGGGGAGGCCGCCGAAGAUGAGCUUGGCUUGUCUCAAUCUCGCGUGAACUGCGGAGCUGCAGAAACUCAUGCAUCUCACGAUAGCCAAAGCACCCCUGCCGGAUGCAGUUGGGUAUUUGGGAGGUGCGCGAAAAUACCACCCUGGGAUAUGGAGAAUGGAGUGGAGGGUUACGGGAAGGUCGCUUCGGAGGGUGCGCUCCCUUUUCGUCGGCUUAUUGAGGCCCAUGCUAAUUCCUGCGUCCAGCGCUUGGACGAUGCAUACAGGCUCCAGCUGAAAGAACACGUGGCUCUGUUCCUCGCUCCUUGCCGAACGGCGGGUACCGCUCUUGAUGGAUAUCCUUUGGGAGCCCGACGGCAUCAGAGCGAUUGUGCUCGCCGGAGAAGCGCCGUCAUCGAGGGAGAAGCUGAGGGGGAACUCGAUAGACCCUGCAUUGCUUGUCUGACAUGGGGCUGCGAGAUUCGCACAUCACACGAUUCUGGAAAUUCCCCCGAGCACAAAGCGCCCUUGGGUCGAACGAUCGGGCUGUAAGGCUGAAUGGUCUGAUCCGAGACCCGACGCAGGCCUCAGGACAGCGCGAUUUUGCUUUUCGUCGUUCAUAUCUCGGGGAAAAGGUGGAGAAACCGUGCGUUGGCAUGGUGCGAGUGGGUAUUUUGCAUAUGGUAUCGUAGGCGCUGGUUGAAUGCCGAUAGGUGGAAUCGAAAACUGAUGUUUUACACAUCAUCUGAUGUCUGGCAAUAUGCUGUGCCUCGUGGUGUUGGCUCUUGCUAGCUUAGGCUUCCAAGAUCCGGCGGAUCACCGAAAUUAACAGGACGGGGUAGAUUGCGCGGCCGGAAAGGUGUAGCAUAGUCGCUGGCUUGAGGUCUGGGGCUGUGA